CUCCAUACACCGCCACCGCAUUGAACUUCUGCUGGACACGUUAUGCACCUUCCUUUAGCUGAGGAAUAUGUUUGAACAGAAGCAACAAGCGAUAAUAAAUAGGAUCGUGUUUUUCUGCGUCCACUGUGUAACUUGCUAACACUUAGCACCACUCUUUCAUUUUUGAGUUCAGUUUUUAGACAAUGACGUCAUCCGUAGUCGAAGGUGGAAGCGAAAAGGCCAAACGCGAGCCCUCUGAUUUGAGUACCGAAAGCAUGAAUCUGACGGCUGAAAACCUUCUACUUCCCUGUGAAACGUUCUUGAGAGCAGCAUCUUCCCUCAAGGACAAGGUUGUGGAGGAAACUUGGAACCGGAGAGACCAGGUGGUUGAUCCGACGGUGUAUUCGGGACUGUUGGGCACUGCCUUCACUUGUUUGCGGUCGUACCAGGUUACCGGUUGCCGGAACGACUUGCUGUUAUGCAGAGAUAUCGUUGACACGUGUGUCACCGCUGCACGUGCCUCGCUCAGACACGUGACUUUUUUAUGCGGUAGUGGAGGUGUUUACGCGCUUGGUGCUGUCGUUGCCAAUUACAUGGGGGACCUCAGAAAGCGUGACUUGUUUUUGGCUCUGUUCAUUGAGGUGGCAAAAGAGAAAGCCCUACCAGUAGGACCAGAGGAAGGUGGUUUUGGAAUGUCAUAUGAUCUUAUGUACGGACGUGCUGGAUUCUUAUGGGGUGCACUAUUCCUAAACAAGAACUUAGGAGAAGAAGCAGUGCCAAAGGACAUUCUUGUACCGAUCAUUGAUGCAGUGUUGGCUGGUGGUAGAGCAGGAGCGUCUGACAUUAAAGACUGUCCAUUGAUGUAUAGAUGGCACGGAACAAGGUACCUUGGUGCAGCAAAUGGCCUUGCUGGUAUCCUUCAUGUGCUGCUUCAUUUUCCACUUUCCAGUGAGGAUGCUGAAGAUGUCAAGGGAACUUUGAGGUACCUCAUGAGUAAGCGGUUCCCUCGCAGUGGAAACUACCCCUCCAGUGAAGGAAAUCCAAGAGAUAAGUUAGUGCAAUGGAGUCAUGGUGCAACUGGCAUGGCCAUCACUUUGUGCAAAGCAGCACAAGUGUUUCCUAGUGACAGAGAACUUCGAGAUGCAGCAAUAGAAGCAGGGGAAGUUGUGUGGAAAAGUGGACUGGUGAAGAAGGUGGGACUAGCAGAUGGGAUAUCUGGAAAUGCCUAUGCCUUCCUUUCCCUGUACCGACUCACUAAAGAGAGUAUUUACGAAGAGAGAGCAAAAUCAUUCGCUUCCUUCUUGUAUGACAAUGCAAAAUCUCUUGCUCCUGCCAAUGGCUAUUCACUCUUCCAAGGUCUUGCUGGGACAGCAUGCCUCUGGUUUGAUCUGCUUCAACCACAAAACUCUAGCUUCCCAGGUUAUGAAUUGUAGAUUGAUGCAGAUAGAACAAGUUUCAUGUAAAAAUAUGACUGAUAUGAUAGUAGAAGACAGAAUUAAAAUAACAAUAACAAUAAUAAUACAGUGUUUGUCGACUCA